AUGGUUUGCUUUGCCUUGCCAUGCAUCCCCCUAUUCUCGACGUGGCUCGAGAGCACAUCGUUACUCACAUCUGAUGCUCUAGACAAGGCCAAAGUGUUGAUACGUCAACCGAAACCCCAACCGAUAUCUAAUGAACAACUUGUUGCCGAAGUCAAAGGCAUCUACGCUAUGCUGGUGAUGGUCGAGAGCAAGUGCACUGAAGUUGACAAUGCACAGAGCUCGAGCAAGCUGAACAACGAACAAUGGCAGGCGCUCAUAGCGCUGCACAGAACACUACUCCACGAAAAUCACGACUUCUUCCUUCCGUCGCAACACCCCUCAGCUAGCCCGACCAUGAGGAGGCUUGCUAGCAAGUACGCGAUGCUGGCAAAGGUGAGGAGGCACCGCACCCACUCCUUCCUGAAACUGCUCAGGCAUCGCUUGCCGUCGUCUCUCAAACUUUUGAAUGAAUCGGUGCCUGCUUUUGAGGACAAAUGGAUGGAAUGCCUCGGGGACUUCGGUCGUUACCGGCAUGUUGGUCGCCUUGCCGAUGACGACAUGCCCAACGGAGAGAGCUGGACGGUAGUGGCGCGACACCGGUGCACGAAAAGCAGCGACCAAGUGCCAGCUACCGGUCGCCUGUUCCACCACCUUGCGAUCCUAGCACGGUCCAAGGCGCUUCAUCAACUAUUCUACUAUGUCAAGAAUUUGUGCCUUUCGGUUCCCUACGUGGACCUCAGUGCCAGGGAGAGCAUCAUGACGCUCUUCGAUCCCCUGCUCGCCACUCAGGCGAUGCACCGGCCGGCUACUGAUGCUACAUAUGUGCGCGCCCAUAAGAUCUUAUUUUCCGGUCAUGACCGUGACCGUUUCGACGAGUCAGUCGCUGCGUCUUCACACCCUCCUGACUGCCUCCGCGACGCUCUCAACCUCGCUUCUCGCACGCACGACAUCAUACUGCGUCGGUUCGGCGGCGACCUCAACAUAUUGCCCUACCUGCACGUUACUUUGACCUUCAUGAUGUCUCCCAUCCGAGACAGGGCAGCUCAUCUGAAAGGCCAAGUCCCCUGGAAGGCGGUCAGCCUCAUGCUGAAGAACAUUCUGGCCAACUGCUCGCCAACUCUUACGCCUCCCGCUCCGACUCUUGUGUCUGAGCCGGCCACGGAGUCGCCAGUUCGUCCUCUGCCCGAGGACUGGGCCAUGCAUGGGCUCAUUUUCAGGGAGAAGUAUUUCCCGUCCGACUGGUUUGCGGGCGAC